UUUAGUUGAGCACCGAGUCCGCGAGAGGGUGCCCGUGCCGACCUCGUGGGUUCUCAGAGCAAACGCCAUUUUUGUAUUCCCUUUCGUAGGAACUGAGUUCUCGUCUUGUACCCGGAGUCGCAGUUCGCCACACAUUUUUUGGACUUAUUAGUUUUUUUACGAUUUUUCUUUAGUUGUCUUUAUUUUACCGUUCUUAACGCGGAGGCAGCCUUAGAUAGGUGGAUACGCCGAUAGAAAUGAGUACGACACAAUACGGCAUAGGCGUGACGAAGAAUCGCUUCGAACUCGCCGACAUAUUCGACGAGGACCCUCUGGAAGUGCUCAAGAUACACGAGCAGGAGAGAGAGGCGAAGAAAAAGACGAAACUUUCCGAAAAGGAGAACAAAGGGAAAGAGCCUCCGGCGAAGCCCAAAGCCCCGGCCCCGAGAGGCAAAGGCAUCAAAGAGACACAAAAUCUCAAGCCCCAGGAGCAGAAAGGAAAAGAAGAAAAGGCUAGGGGCCCAAGGCUAGAACGUGGCCCAGGUGGUGGUGCUAGCCAGAGUGCUGGACCUGGAGGUGAUCGGAAAUUUCAGGAUAAUCGCGAGGAAGUUAAAAACCGAAGAAACAGGGAGGAUCGUCCUCAAGGAGAUUUCCACAGGGAAGACAGACCAGAAAAGACUGAAAGAAGAGAUUACCGAAAUGACAAGAACACAUUUUACGGAGAUUUGAAUUCAGAAAACCGAGGACGCGGUGUGCGUGGUGGCCGUGGUGGAUUCAGUGGACGUGGUCGAGCUGGUCGAGGUGGGGGCUCCCGACAGAGCUUUGAUGCGCGAGGAAAGCGUGAAUAUGAUAGACAGUCUGGCAGUGACAAAACUGGUGUGAAAUCCGUUGACAAGAGGGAUGGGUCAGGAGCUCAUAACUGGGGGAACCACCGUGAUGAUCUUGAUAGGGACUUAAAUAACCCAAUGACCCAAUCUGAUGAAGGGCAGCAAAACUGGUCUCCUGAGAAAAACGAUCCCGAAACUACUACUGAAACUAAUGGACCGCCUGUUGAAGGUGAGGAAACUGCGACACUGCAAGAAGAGGAACGAAAAGAACUGACUCUUGAUGAAUGGAAAGCUCUCAAAGCCCCUAAGCAGAAACCAACCUACAACCUACGAAAAGCUGGUGAAGGCGAAGAUCCCUCUCAAUGGAAAAAAAUGUACGCUCUACAGAAAAAGAAAGAUGGUGAUGAUGAAGAAGAAGAAGAGGAAUAUGUAAGUAAAAUGCAGGAAUAUGAAAGUUGUGAAUAUCCGCAACGUGUUGGGAGGCAAAAGCAUAUCUUGGACAUUGAUAUUCACUUCAAGGAUACCAGGGGGGGAGUACGCGGACGUGGAAACAGAGGCACUGGCAGGGGCGGUCCAAGAAUGGGAAUGCGUGGAAACAAUGUUAAUCCAAAUCUUCCUGAAAAACAUACUUCAUCCGGACGAGAGAACACACAAAAGCUUGCUCCUAAAGUUGACGAUGAACAUGAUUUCCCAUCUUUAGGUUGACUUGUGCGCUAGUCUAAGUGGUAUUUAAAGACAAGUUGGAAAAAAAGGAAAAAUAUCAGUAAUGUUAACCUCUACUAGUUUGGAAAGAAAAAUAGAAUGUAAUUUGCCUAAAAUUUAUUGUCUAAAAAGUAAAUACAUACAAAAUUAUUGUGAAAAUGGAAAUUUAAAAUCUUAGGUAUACUGGAAUAUAAAAAAAUAAUAAAAACAUAAUAAAAAAUGAAAUCGGUAUACUCUGUCCAUCUAAACGUUAUUGAAUGCUAAGAAAAUAGAGUAUGAAAAAGCCAUUAGGUUUUUAUACUCUCAUAGUAUGUACGUAUAUUAUAUUUGUUAGGGUAUAUAUGCAUAAAUUAUGAGUUCAAAUUAUUCACAACAUUACAUUUCAGAGAUGCUCAUUAAUGUAAAAUUAAUUUGUAGAUAAGAAAACAAAAAUCUCGGUGUUAGAACUAUGCCAGACAUUAUGUAUACAAAAACAUUGAUUAUUAUUAUGUUCCUUUUUUUUUCUUCAAAAUAUUCAGAAAUAUUACAACUGAUUGUACAAAAUUUAAAAAGGUCUGGAACAUAGCGUUAGUUACAUGUAUUUAUGUACCCAAUUUCCUUCUUAAAUACAGCCAGUAGAUUAUUGGGAAAUAAUAAAACGAAACACAUUUGUUAAUGAUGUAUUAAAACUUUUACAGUGAGGUGUUUUUAGAAAGCCUUAAGUGGAUUUUUCAUUUUAUUUUUUAUUUUUAUUAUUUUUAUUUUUGUUUUAACAAAGCCUGGGUUUUCAUAAAAUCAGGAAACUCAAAUUGAAAACCCUAUUUGUAAAUAGUUUUGAACGUGGAAAUACCCUAUUUUUUCAUUAAUUUUUCCUUGUAAAUUUCCAUUAAAAUUGUAAGUUUUGUUUUUAUUUUUUACUUUCUUGAAUUGAUAUUUACUAUCAAUUGUGUGCUAGCUAGCAUAGUACAGUGACAAUUUUAAUUUUUCACGAUUUUGAUUUUGGUGAUUGAAAUUAAAUAUUUUGUUUCAUAGGCUAAUUGUAUUGUGAAUUGCAGGAGUUCAAUUAAAAACAGUUGACUGAUUAAAUGUAUUUUCUGUUGUUUUUGUACACUUGGAGAGAUUUAAAAAAAAAUCAGAUCAAAUUUCACUCAGUAUCAUUCACUGUCCACUGGAUGGAUAGUGAAAAUAGACAUUUAGUUUUUUAAGUAGACAGUCGUUAAGACUGACUAUGAUUCACUGCCUUUCAAUUUUUUUAAAAUUCCACUCAUAAUUUAAACAAUUUUAAAUUGUUAUGUGAACUGUGUCAUGAUUGAAGAUUAAUUGAACUUGUGAACAAAAUUAAAUUUUGAAUCUGAUUUGUUUGUUGUUGUUUGGUUUAUUGGAAUCUUUUAACUGCUAGUGAUUAUCUCCGUGGCAUAAACUUUUUUUUUAAAUUAGAACAUUUUUUUUUAAACGUUAUUAAUUGAAUUUUUUUAAAGUGUCAGACUAUUAAAUAGUACCCCUUAGUGGAGGUAAUUAAAGAAACAAAAUGUCCUAAUGUUUUUGUUACUUAAUGUGGCUGAUUGAAACCAUUUUAUGUAAUAACGGAUAUUUUCGAGCUUAGAGCUUCUACAAGAUUUCUCUGUAUGUUCUUAUUGAAUUCUCUUAUUUUUCCCAUCAUAAGAUAACAAAAUACUUUUACUUGUAUUUGUAAUAAUCUAUGUCAUUUUCAAAAAUUAAGGUUAUAUUUUGAUAUAUACAUUAAUUAUUACAUAUAAAGUAAUUUUUAUUUUGGGCAAACUAGUUCAAAAUUGUAUAUUGUUCUACAUCUUGAUGUAAUUAAAAAUAAAUUGUUUAUCAAAA